AUGGCGUUGAAGAUGAAGAUCAACGAUCUCAAGAUCAAGGUGAAAGAGCUGAAAAUGACUCACAAGUUUAUAGUCUGUAUUAUGACUAUCUUGGCGGAUCAAGAAAUAAUCUUCCACAUUAUUAAAUUGUUGUAUCUCAUUUUGUCUUUGAAGGGAACUGCACAUCUUAUAAUUCCAGUGUCGGACCAUUACACUGGCCGUGUCACAUGGCGCGGGGGUAGUUACUACUACCCGAAGAUUAAGGCUAAAUUUGAAGAAUUCAACCUAUUGGACAGGGUGAGGGAAUCCCCUUUCAGAAAUUUUUUCGAGAGAGCGCCCAUACAAUUUUCUGGAGCAUUUUUUCAUCAAUUGAUGCUUCACAAAAUAAAAUCUGACAAGCCAGACGAGGUGCAUUUCUAUGUGGGAAGGAAGAGAUGUAGAUUUGGGAGGGUGGAGUUCGGCUUGGUCACCGGGUUAAACUUGUUGCCCGGCCCUACUGAGGAAGACAUCAAACAAAAUGGAAGCUCUGACCGGUUGAUUCAGGAAUAUUUCAACGGUAGUGCUUCGAUCACCUUCAGCCAACUGCGCAGAGUUUUUGAGAGCUGCACAGAAGCUGAUGAUGUCUACAAGUUGGGGAUGGCCUUGUUUGUUAUGGGCGUCCUCACUGGUAAGGAGGAGAAGACUGCCGUUCCUCCUUUUGUGAUAAGAAUGGUUGAUAACCUUCCAUUCUUCUACGAGUACCCCUGGGGAAAGAUUUCUUACACCAAGCUGAUGGAAACUUGUAACAAGGAUUACUUGGAUGUGAAGAAUAAGAUGUUGAAAAAGAUUGAGAAGGGAGUAACUCAGAAGGAGGCAAAAUACUCAGCCUACGUCUAUGCUGCAGCGUUGCAGUAUUGGGCAUACGAGGCCAUAUUACAGCUGGGCAACGAGUAUGCAGUGAGGAGGUCGCAUCGCUUUCCGAGAAUGGUCAAUUGGGAGAGUAAGCCGAACACUACACUCGGGAAGGAUGAAGUGACCAGAUUAUUUGCUAAAAAUUUGACAGUGUACUCCGUGUUAUGUCCUCGGCCGAACGAGAUUGAGUUUGUGAGUUAUAUAACCGGGGGUCAGCCUCCGUUAUUUGUUGACUUGGAGGAACUUGUGUUGGGUGAGGAUGGGCAACCAACACAGGAUGCUUUGUGAAGCCAGACCGAAAAGCUUGCCUCCACAUUGGAAGAACGAGCGGAGGCAGCCCGAAUAUUUAAAGACU